UCACAGUCCGUCUCGUCACAGACAUGGCUGCGUCCAGUGUUUUUAAAGCAGGUCUUUUCAAUCACAAAGUUGCAAUCGUGACUGGAGGCGGCACUGGGAUAGGAAAAGCUAUUACUUCUGAGCUCUUACAGUUAGGCUGCAGUGUGGUUAUAUCGUCCAGGAAGCUUGAUCGUCUGGAGUCAGCAGCUGAAGAGCUGACGCAGAAAAUCCCCUCAUCCAGUCCAGCUAAAGUAACUCCUAUACAGUGCAACAUCCGAAAUGAAGAAGAGGUGAAGAACCUGAUGGCCUCCACUCUGAAGCUUCAUGGGAGGAUUGACUUUUUGGUGAAUAAUGGAGGUGGGCAGUUUUCCAGCCCAGUGAACUUGAUGAGUGCAAAAGGCUGGAAAGCUGUGAUUGACACUAACCUCAACGGAACGUUCUUAUGCUGCAAAGAAGCAUACAAUGCAUGGAUGAAAGAUCAUGGAGGUGCAAUUGUGAACAUCAUUGCAGACAUGUGGAAGGGUUUUCCUGGAAUGGCGCACACAGGAGCGGCAUUAUUUUUCCUUAACUAUUAA